CAAAAAUUCAAACCAAAAAAUGUGUUUUCAAUGCAUUUGUAUUUGAAUUGUAAACAACUUUUAACCACUGAUUGACAGCACAUCAUGAAAGACAUGACCGAAACAACUGAUCCCAGUAUGGGCUCCAUUGUGGACAGACGUGGCAUAUAUUACACGACAAUAUUGUCUCAUACGGUGUCAACGGAUGGCAAACGCAUGAUAUGUGGCCUCAAGAGCGCAAAGUUGGCUCUCUUUGACAUUCAGAUGAUUGUCAAACAAAACGUGGAUUUCGACAACAAAUCACUUGACGGCCACGACUUGGAAGCGUUGGAACCGCUCCGACGGCCGCAAAAUAUCGUCGACACCUCUUCGCCCGUCUAUUCUGUGGCCGCUUUGGCCGACAAAUCAGAGUUUGUUGUCGGAGGCAAAGGCGAAGUGCAGGGAUGGCACACAACCGAUGACAACAAACUGGUGAAAGAGUGGACAAUCGGUUUGUCGUCGGCGGACUGUAUGGUGAACGCGAUGGCGACCACCGAUCAGAUGAUAUUCACCGGUUGUGGCGAUAAUAACGUCUACGGCUUCGACGCCGAGACACACAAACAGACCGUUCGUCUCAAUGGACACAAAGACUACGUGAACUGCCUUCAGGUCGCCAGCGAUGGCCAGACGUUAUACUCGGGCGCCGAAGACGGCUACGUAAUGGUGUGGGACCUGAGACGGGGCCAGAAGUCUGUGGCGCAGAUAACGCCGUAUCAAACGGCAGACCUCUCGCGACCGAAAUACGGCAAAUGGAUCGGCGCUCUGACCCUAUCGUCAAACAAUUGGCUGAUAUGCGGCGGAGGACCGCAUCUGGGUUUGUGGCACUUGGGGUCCAUGUCUUACGCCACCAAAUUUGACACCGAAAGCGCGGCCAACGUUGUGGUCGCGCACAACGACUACAUCAUCUCAGGCGGCAAUGCGGCCAAACUUGAGAUCUGGGAACUGAACGGCGAACUCAAGUCAACGAUACCGACCUCCGCGGCCGAUAUCUUCAGCAUAAACGCUCAUCACUACGACAGCAAUGAGUUGGGCAUCAAAGAGCUGAUCAGUGGCGCCGGUAUGAGCUAUAGGGUCGACAUCUGCACCAAUUGGAAGUAUAAGGACUUUGAGCUUCUCGUCUAUUGAUGUGUGAAAUUCAUUGUGUUUUUCAUUUUUUAUUUAAUUUUAUAUCAUUUUUUUGUUCACAAAUCAUUGCAUUAAUAAGUGCUAAAUAAAAGUAAAUUAUGGCCUAAUAA